UGCUGUUGGUGCUGUUUGUCCAGCCGUCGCUCCAACAAUGCAGCUUUUAAGCGGUGCGAACUGAAAACGCUGCAACACCAUAGGCUUGUCCGGUGACUGUAGUCGUUUUAAAUUCACAUACAACACAUUUUGACGGUUUGACAAACCUGCAGGACGAUUGUGACUCAGUUUGUAGGACACCCUGGACUCUUCUGCUGGGGUGCCUGUUUUGACAAGGAGAGGAAGAUUUCAGAAGCCCCCAUCUCUAGAGUCAUUCCUGACAAGAGGCCAGAAAAUGAGCACAACCCCAGAUAGAAGCAACUUGCCCACCCAGCUAUCUCGCUGACCUGUGGGCAGCCAUGCCCUCCCUGCGUUGCCCAUCGAGGGGAACCCCUCUCCAGAUGCGGAACUGUUUUCUGACAUAGAUUUGGAAGAAUAGCUGAACCUCACAAUAGAAAUGGCAUUGGUUUGUGUGGGCUAUAACACAUCAGAGUACAUAUUAGAAUACAGGGGAGGCUGAACCUCGAGCCAAUAUCCACAGGACUCUUAAGGGGGGGCAAACCGCCUCAGAUGAGCUUUACAGGAGGACAGAGCCACAGCCCAGCUUUGAUGAUUUAAUAUCCAUCCCACUGCCUUGCUGACAAGGUCGUAUCAUGGCUGCUGCUGAUCUCCAUAGCAACGGUUCCUUGGUGGGGCGAGGAGCAGACUGAGAGAGUCAACAAUGCAGCGUAACGGUGGUGGGGUCGGUGCCGGUGGCCAGCCAUGGGUGUUGCGGCGUGUGCGUCUCACCUGGCUCAGUUUCAUGCUCUUCUUCAUCCUGGUCUUCUUCCCCCUCAUUGCCCACUACUACCUCACUACCAUUGACGAAGCUGGGGGUCCUGAUAAGCGCAUCUUUGGGCCGCGGCCUGGUGGUGAACUGUGUGAGGCCAAACAUGUGCAGGAUCUGUGCCGAAUCCGUGAGUCUGUCAGCGAGGAGCUGCUGCAGCUGGAGGCCAAGAGGCAGGAGCUCAACGGGGAGAUCGCCCGACUCAACCUGCGCAUUGAGGCCUGCAAGCGCAGCAUUGACAGCGCCAAGCAGGAUCUGCUGCAGCUGAAGAAUGUUAUUAGCCAGACAGAGCAUUCCUAUAAAGAACUAAUGGCCCAGAACCAGCCCAAGCUAUCACUGCCGGUCAGGCUGCUGCCAGACAAAGAGGACCCAGGACUGCCACCACCCAAGUCUGGGCGCUCCUGCCGCCUACGCUCCUGCUUCGACUAUGCGCGCUGCCCUCUUACGUCUGGGUUUCCUGUGUAUGUCUACGACACGGGCUCCUAUCCAUGGGCGGACUAUCUUGACCCCCUGGUGAAGCAGGCUUUUGCAGCAUCCGUUAAGAACAACAUUUAUAUAACUGACAACCCCAGCAUUGCCUGUCUAUAUUUGGUGCUGGUAGGGGAGCUGCAGGAGUCCGUCUCCCCACUGCCAUCUCCUUCAGAGCUGGAGAAGCAACUAAAAGCUCUCCCUUACUGGAGAUCUGAUGGACACAAUCAUGUGUUGGUGCAUCUCUCUAGAAAAUCUAUGACACAGAACUUCCUGUAUAAUGUGAGCACAGGACGGGCGGCAGUCGCUCAGUCCACCUUUCUGGAGCAGCAGUACCGUGAGGGCUUUGACUUGGUUGUGUCCCCACUGGUUCAUGCCCUCACAGAACCAAACUUUUUGGAAGUGCCCCCUCAAGUUCCUGUAAAGAGGAAAUACCUCUUCACCUUCCAGGGCGAGAGGGUGGAGUCGCUGAGGAGCAGCUUACAGGAGGCACCGCCUCAGUCUUUCGAGGAGGAAAUGGAAGGAGACCCACCAGCUGACUACGAUGAUCGCAUCAUCGGCACCUUAAAGGCGGUGCAGGACAGCCACUUGGAUCAGGUGCUGGUGGAGUUUACCUGCAAGAACCCACGGCCAAGUUUGCCAACGGAGUGGGCUCUUUGUGGAGAGAGGGAGGACAGGCUGGAGGUGCUCAAGGUUUCAACAUUUGGCUUGGUGAUUGCUCCAGGGGAUGGACAGCUGGUGGCUUCAGCAGGCUGUGGGAUGAGGCUCUUUGAGGCCCUAGAGGUAGGGACCAUCCCAGUCGUAUUGGGGGAUCACUCCAGACUUCCAUAUCACCAGUUUAUUCGAUGGAGUGAAGCUGCCAUUAUAGUCCCCAAGCCUCGUGUCACAGAGCUACACUUCCUGCUGCGCAGCCUAUCAGACAAUGACAUGUUGGCUAUGAGGCGGCAGGGCCGCUUUCUGUGGGAGACCUACUUCUCUACCUCAGAGAAUGUUCUUAACACCCUCCUGGCCAGCAUCAGAACCAGCAUCCAGGUCCCUGCUGCACCCAUCAAAGAAGAGCCCGUCCACGAGAUUCCCCACAAAGCCGGGAAGCUGGCAGGAACUGAUGCCAACCUGGCUGACAACGGUGAUCUGGAUUUGGGUCCUGUCGAGACAGAACCCCCCUACGCCUCUCCACGCUUUCUCCGCAACUUCACAUACACAGCUGCAGACACCUAUAGAGCUUGGAACCAGGCCCCGGGUCCUUUCCAUCUCUUCCCUCACACUCCUCUGGACCCUGUGCUGCCCUCUGAAGCCAAAUUCCUUGGCUCAGGUACUGGUUUCAGGCCUAUCGGUGGAGGUACGGGAGGCUCGGGGAAGGAGUUUCAGGCAGCUCUUGGAGGGAAUGUGCCCCGAGAACAAUUCACCGUGGUCAUGCUGACUUAUGAGAGGGAGGAGGUGCUGAUGAACUCUCUGGAGAGGCUCAAUGGACUGCCGUACCUCAACAAGGUAGUGGUGGUGUGGAACUCACCCAAGCCUCCUUCAGAUGACCUGCUGUGGCCAGACAUCGGUCUGCCGAUUGUGGUAGUCCGCACAGAAAAGAACAGCCUCAACAACCGCUUCCUUCCCUGGGACGCCGUGGAAACCGAGGCCAUUCUGUCGAUUGAUGAUGAUGCUCAUCUUCGCCAUGAUGAGAUCAUGUUCGGGUUCAGAGUGUGGCGUGAGGCCAGAGAUCGCAUCGUGGGUUUCCCCGGGAGGUAUCAUGCGUGGGACGUGAACCAUCAGUCCUGGCUGUACAACUCCAACUACUCCUGUGAGCUCUCCAUGGUCCUGACAGGAGCUGCUUUCUUCCAUAAGUACUAUGCCUACCUGUACUCCUACGUGAUGCCCCAAGCCAUCAGGGACAUGGUGGACGAGUACAUAAACUGCGAGGACAUCGCCAUGAACUUCCUGGUCUCUCACAUCACCCGCAAACCACCCAUCAAGGUAACAUCGCGUUGGACUUUCCGCUGUCCCGGCUGCCCUCAGGCCCUUUCACACGAUGACUCGCAUUUCCACGAACGCCACAAGUGCAUCAACUUCUUCGUCAAGGUGUACGGCUACAUGCCACUGCUGUACACGCAGUUUCGCGUAGACUCUGUGCUGUUUAAGACUCGUUUGCCCCAUGACAAGACCAAGUGCUUCAAGUUCAUCUAGCUUCGGGCUGAGUGGCCCAGCAAAGAGCCAAAAGUAGGGAGGAUUGAAGGACUGGAAGUAUUUAAAAGAACAGCAGCUCCCUCUGCGAGCAGUGAUGAAGAUGGAUGGAUGGACUGCCAGAGAAAUGCACAGAAGGAAAGUUUGGGGUUAGGGUUUUGCCCGGGGGGGACAGACAAGUUAACCUUAAAAGCUGUUGGCUUGGUGGACUAAUCCACAACUCUACUGAAUAUUUACAGAGUGAAAGCUGAAAGGGACCACUGCCAACAAAAAAAAAAAAGCCUUUUCAGUGGAUGUCACUCCUACUUUUUUAGGUUUUUCAAUCAUGCGCCAUCAUCAACCACUACAGAUGUCAUUUGCACCUCUUAACGGCCUGCUGAGGAAAGAGUAGGGUUGUACACAGUGUACAGAAACUCUCCCACGAUAAACUCUACCUGACAGUGGAGCUAUCUGUUGAAUCACUGUCACACUGAUGUCGGGCAGCGUUUGGCCCAGCAGCCUUUGGACAGUUUCAGCUGGGAGAGCAAAAGUGGCAACAUCACAUGGCUUUGGCUAUUUUUUGUUUUUCAUUUAACAGUUACAAACUGUACUUCUGGUACAUGUACGUACUGUAAGAGAAGCACUGAUGGUUAGAAGUAUUUUACCGAACAAUCUUUUUUUUUUUUUUUUUUAAAUAAUGUCGUUUAAAUGUGUAAAUCUCUGUCGGUGAACAUUUUCCAGAAUCUCUGCCUGUGGAAGAUCAAACACAGACUCGUUAGUCUGACAUAGAGACAGGACCUCGGCUGAAGAGUUUAACAGGUUGGCCCAAUCAUGUUUAGUAGUGUUACGUGUUCAAGAAGGAAUUUACUUCAGCGGUCACCAUAAUGCCUCAAAUUUGUCAUGAAAACCAUCCACCAUUUUGUUAUGCUUACAGGAUCUGCACUCUUUGAUGAGUGUUUAAAAUGGCCUGUUUUUUAUGCUAUAGGGUGUUUACUAAUGUUUGUAAAAUUGGUCCGAGGUUGAAGUAGUCAUGUUUAAAUGUAAUAAUAUUAACCAAUCAAUGGUUACAAUGUCCCUUACAGAAGUGCAACAAACUCAAUAAUCACAGCUGCCAAAAUCAACAAAAAAAUUUUAGAUGUCUAAUUAAGGUUGUAAUUAUAAAGAAGAUUAAAUGUACUAUUAGGAUUGGUAAAAAAAAAAUGUUUAGAGGGAAUAUCUUGACAUUUUAGGAAAUACAAUUAUUUGCUUUCAGGCGGGGAGUUAGAUGAGAAGAUGUACAUCUAGUGCUGGGUAUCGGUACUCGAUGACUAUAAUAACCCAGUACCAAGUGGUAUGGAAACUUCUCCAAACGAUACCUGCAUUUGAUUUUUUUUUUUACUCAGAUAUAGAAAUAAAUUUACUUUGUAGGGUUUUGUUGGCAAGCGUACUUUGAUUUAAUGCAACAGGCCCACUACCGUCUGUGGUGUGGUGAAGUCAAGCGCGGCGUAUUUGACAACUUGUUCAGCUUGCCGAGAUGCCAUAAAAAUGUUCAAAUGUGCAUCUGAUAAAAAAUAAAAGCAUAAAAUGCAGAAGUAUUAUUUCAAAUGAAGUACUCUAUUGUUAUCGGUAACUGACGCACGCUUCUAAGCCCUACCUUUACCUCUCUCUCCAAUCUGUCUGGUUAGACUGAAAAAAACAGCUAGCCUGGCUCUGUCCAAAUGUACGAAAAUCUGCCUGUCGGCACCUCUGAAGCUCAAUAAUUAACAUCUUGUUUGUUUAAUCCGAACAAAAAACAAUGUGUAAAAAUGAAAAGCCUUUCCCUGUUUCCGGUCUUCGUGCUAAGCUAAGCUAACUGGCUGCAGGCUGUAACGUUUAGCCUUAUAUCUAAUAGAUAUUAGAUAUAAGGCUAGCUAUCUAAAGAUAAA